UCCCGUGGUCUAUGUUCUUUUACAAGCGUGUACUACAUGUAGGGUGUACGGGUAGGUCGAUCCAUGUGCGGUGGAAGGAGCAUGUGCGUACCGCUUGUCUGUAGGAUGUGUGCUGCAGAAAUCGUUAAAUAAUAUAGAUGGUGUCCAGGGCUGGAGUGGGAUGACUGGAAUGUGAUGUGGAACCUCUCUGCGCCGACGAUGUCUUCCAUAGGGUGGGUUCUCAUUUAGCUGCAGUAGUGGAAGAAUUGGCAAUCCCCACUGAGUCCCCAGGUCAUCAAUCAACAGCCCACUGAAGGCGGAGAGGUCCCGGAGCCCAGCAUGAUCGAGAUGGCCAGCAGGACUGCCACGUCAGUGGACGAGGAAGUGACAAGAAUCACAGCUAACUGUCUGGUGGCGCCGGGUUUUCCUGACGUCAGAGAGCCUGCUGACAUCCUUAUUCGAGUGGGAUCCAGUAAGAUCGAAAGAGGUGGAACUGUCGGUGUGGCGAAGGUGUGGAGUCAUCCAGCAUUCAACUUGAACCGGAACGGUACUUAUGCGAACGACGUCGCACUUCUGAAGCUUGUCAGAGCUCUUCCCAUUUCCGAUACACUUAUGCCCAUCAAGUUAGCGUACGAUGACGGAGCCCUGACUCCAUUGUCUGACGUCAGCAUCAGCGGAUGGGGUACAGCCGAAAUAGGUGGCAAUCUAAGCAGUGUGCUGUUGGGUGCAACCGUAGAUCACCUACCAAAUGGGUGUGGUAGAUAUGGGUCAUUCUUCAAGCCACAAGUGAUGAUCUGUGCUGGAUGUUCAAAUGGAGGUGUGGACUCGUGCCAGGGAGACAAUGGAGGCCCUGCAACGGUGUCAUCGUCUUCAGGAGGUUGUCCUGUUCUCGUGGGUCUUCCGAGUUUCGGUGCUCAGUGUGCAGACCCGCACUUCCCCGGAGUGUACGCCCGGGCCAGUGCCUUGCUUGGUUGGCUAGAGAGUACAGCAGGUCUUUCCUUUUCCAGCCAGUACUCCAUACGUCCGACGAAGAACUGCCAGACGUGUGCGGGCCCGCGGCAACCUUCAUGUGGUUUGAUACCCCGCUUCGACUUCAACCGGUGUAAGCUAGAGGCUUGGAUUUCAUUCUCCUUCAAGUUCUACCUGAAACCUUGUGUGAGGAGGAGUACGGGACAAAGGCGCUCCCACGUCAUUUCAGAGGCGUCUCUGCAAGCCUUCUUCCAGCCAGCAUCCUUCAGAUCCUUCACACCCGAGGGUGAUGUCUUUUUCCUUCAGGGACUUUCCGGUGGCUUUAGCAGGUUGAAACUAAUGGGGGUCGAGGUGAGGGUCCCUCUAAAGAAUACGAUCAGCUCUCGACAAGCAUCUCUCGGUCGUCCCAAGGGAUCCUGGACUGCUUUGUGGCCUUCGAAUCCUAAUUUCCCAGACAUGGCCUGCGGCAGCUACUACACCUAUGUUGCAGUAUUCAUAUCCAGAGAUAGGAAGUUGGUCCAAGUAUCUCAACCAUCCAGCUACGCAGUGUGACGGUUUUGGGUCUGGGAAUUAGCAUACGGCCAAAAAGAAUGCAAAACAAAGGUUUUGUGUCUGGAUCUGACAUGCUGCGUCGUUGGUGACCUAGGCUGAACAGUGCCGUUACGGGCGCCAAGGACUACCAAUUGAAAGAAGGAAUAUUGGAGACCUAGGUUCUACCUAGGCAAAACGCAUUCAAGUUAUAAAAUCAAUGUUGACCCCUAUA